AUGGCUCCAUCCGCCCUGAGCAAACUGAGUCCGUGGAUCGAGAGCCUGAUCCUGAACUACAGCGGCCCGGAGGAGGAGGAGAGCGGUUCCGUCCGCCUCAAGGCUCAUGUCGUCCAGGUGGGUCAAAUGACCCAGUCCCAGGUUCUGACUCGAGGUUCGGAUGGACCCUGCGGGAUCCUCUUCCUGUCCGACGGGGUGGUGCAGAUUCCCGCCGUGCUCUCCGAGUCCGCCUGGACCCACCUCCAGGAGCAGGAGGACCGGGAGAGCUUCAGCAGCCUCCUGAACACCACCGUGUACGUCCAGGACUACCGGAUCCGGUUCCACAUGCACCCGGAAAAGUCCAAAUGCAGGUUCUACUUGUCGGUGGGGAAGCUGUUUACCUCCGCAGCCGGUCGGGUUCAGGUCCAGCCCCCCUACGUCACCUCCCUGCCCUCAGUCAGGACGAAGAUCUGCCGGACCUGGAGUUCUCUGCUGGGUCAGGAGGACUCUCAGAGGAGCCAGUGCGGCCUGGAUCUGUCAGACCUGCUGGGGGAGUGGCAGCAAGACUGUCUGCAGGCGGUUCUGCUGGACAUCCAGAACCGGCUGAUGAACCCACCAGAACUCUCCACCUCCCCCCAUGGCUCCUCUCGGACUCGGUUCACCAGCUGGGAUGAGGACCGAGUCCGGUACAAGACGGAGACGCCAUUUAGCGUCCCGGUAAAGUUUCUUCUGAUCCCCGAGGGUUCCCAGACCAGGACUCAAGAGGGAGCGGAGUCUGCGGAGGUACCGGACCCAGCAAGUGUAGAACCGGGCCAUGAUCUGGAAGAGAGCUCACCUGUCCCGCAGGAGGACCUGAGUGCCAGACCUGUGUCCAGGCCCUGGGACAUGUUCCCCCCACCCUGCGUCACCUCGUCAACUGAUGAGUCGUCUCCAGAACCAACACCGGACUGCCCUGGUGCUUCAUCUGGACCUGGUCCCGGUGCCGCUUCAGAUCCUGACUCUGUGUCCACCCACAGCUUCCUUCCAGCGAACCAGAACCUUCUGACCCGAAGCCCCCAGGUCUCAUCUUCACCCCCAUCCACCCAGAGUCCAGCAGAACCUCCUGCCUCGGACAGAACCCUCAGGCCCACAGCCCAGCAGACCCGUCCCUCUCUAAACCAGGACCACCAGGUACAGGAGGACCCUGCUCCCUACAGGAAGCCAAAGAGGAAGCUGUGUGACGUCACACCUGAGCAGGUGAAGGAGGGGGCGGGGCUUAGUCUAAGACCCCCAUCAUGGAUCCUUGAGACACAGACAUUCAGAACCAAAGAGGGCAGCAGUCCCAAGCAGGCUGUCCCAAGAAGAACCCCCAGCGUCCACGAGGACGGCACGGCAUUCUCCUACACCUACACCUUGUCGGGUCAGAACCUGCUGGACUCAAGUCGGUUCCGAGUGCCUGAGUUGGUUCUGCGCUGGGCUCUGAGGUACCUUAGAACUCCAGAACCCACAGAAAGUCCUCCAGAUGUGAGCUGA